GGGGCGCAGACGCUACGGAGGCUGUGAGCACGCCUGGGGUGCUCAGCGAGCCUGAGAUGGAUGCUGAUGCCGAGUUCGCCAGGCAUUUGGAUGAGGUGAACAACCACGAGGAUCGCAGGCAGAAGGGCGGGAGCAGCAUCAAGUUCUCUGACUAGAGCGUUGCAGUUGUACGAUUAUCAGGGCUUGCACUUGGGAAGGGUGCUGUAUUAGAUGUACAUCUAUGUCAAUGUACAAUAGCCAGCAAAAUAUCAUGUUUUGCUUCUUUGACCUUGCACGCAUCGAGCAGUACCAGAAAGGACUUUCCACUUCCAUGGGCUGGUAUCUUCAAGAGCCAUACUUCGCUCGCAAGCGCGUCGAGAGGACUGUGUACGGACGCAUGCAACGCGUCUCAUAUCGCAUCUCGAUGCACGAUUUGAUUGAUUGGCUUAGCGUCCUAUCUGAGUCUAAGACUAUGGAAGACGAUCGGUGCACGAUUUCAAGCCCAACGUCGCCCGACCUCACGGCACCAUCCGCAAUGCCACCUGCCAAAGCAGCCCACUCACUAUCGAGACGACCGCUGCUUUCCCUCGUGUUUGAUACGGACACGGCCAUGUGCCUUACUACGGACUGGACUGGCUGUGAGAAUGGCUCUUUUGCUAGUGGAUUGUGGAGUCUCGAGUGUAGACGGGUAAAACGUGCACGCUUGAAAGACUGCAAGACGAUAUACGGGCCGAUUGUUUCAUGCGGUGAGUGUGGCAGAGUGCGGGUCUCUCUCCGUUGCUGCAUGUCAGCAGAAUCCUGCUCGUUCGAUGUUCUUCGGCUUCUUCCAGUGUUCAGGACCGCUGUGCUGCAACGCUUGUGUAGGAGUCACGCGCACGUGAUGCUGUUGGGGUAUAUGACUCGGUGCUCAUCAGACGUUUUGACUCCCACCCUGCAGAGCUCGAGCGCAGCAGCCACAGACCUGAUCUGACCGUGAAGCCUGGAGAUCUUCCAUCGUAAUGAGAGAGCAGUCUGUUAGAGGCUAAAUCACCUGUAGCCUCGUGUAUCGUUAUCAGCUACUAAACGAUGCACAAAGCCCCCUCUUGACUGCCUCCCAAAGUCCAGAGCAAUAGGAUGUUUGCGUCCGGAUUUCAUGCGACAUGAGAGGGCAGG